AUGCUCGGCGAUCUAGAGAUUGGCGUGACGCCUCCCAAAGCGACGCCCUCCUCCUCCCCAGUCGUCCGCACGCUAUCGCCAAAGGCGAGCGAGCGGACAAGUUCAGGAUUCCUACGCCGAGCGCAGCAGGGCGGCCACCCAGGGCUCGCCUCUCAGCCGCUAGAUCCAUCGCGCCCGCCCAAAUUUGCAGGCUAA